AUCUAUUGUGACAGUUACUUCGAUCAUACUUCACAAUUUCACAUGAACGAUUAAUAUAACCUAUUUGCCAUGCCACUAAUAAAUAUAUAACCUCUUACUAUUCAUUGUCAAAAUUUAAGACUUUUUAAUUAUAGAGUGAAAAACACAAUUACCAAAAUGACUUCUAGAGAAAAUCACAAAAGGAAACUUUCCAAAUCAAUUUUGGAAAUGAAAUUCAUGAAAAGAACAAAAGAAAAGUUUCAACAGGAGCAAGAAGAUGAGGAAGGUAGGAAUAUGUAUAGCAAUGAAAUCACAGACAAAAUGAGACACAACAAAGGAUCACAAUAUAUAGAAGAAACAAGUUUUGCCAUAUGUGAAGACUUACUUAUUGGUAGACUAUCAUACAAAGGUAUGAAUCCUGAAAUUGAAAGAAUUCUUGAACUCGAAGAAUUAGAAAAGGCUGCCAAAGAACCAAAAGAUGAGGCAGAUGUUACAGAUAAAGAGAUGACAAAAAAUAUUAUAUAG